AUGUCUAACCAAGGAUACCUCGAUCAGCCUGACCUGCAUGUCCGGGCACCAUGGCGUUCAGCACUCUUGACCUUCCCCGGUAACCUCAAGGGAGCUCUGAAAGCAGCACACGAGGAUCCCUCAAAGACUAUGUUUGGUGUUGGACAAGGUAUCCCAAGCCCUUUUGUGACAAAGGUGAUUGCCUCCACAAGGCCCGACUUUAUCUGGCUUGAUGUCGAGCACGGCAUGUAUGACCGACUUGCCCUUCACGAUUGCAUCCAUGCAGUCCAACAUCACUCAGAGGGAAAGACCAUGGCCAUUGUCCGAGUGCCCAAGCACGACGAGGUCAGUCUGACGACGGCUCUCGAUGCAGGUGCAUCGGGUAUUGUGAUACCUUGCUGCGAGAGUGCAGAAGAAGUCGAAAAGAUCAUCAAAACUAUCUAUUACCCACCCGUUGGUCGGCGCUCUUUCAGCCCUUGGGUGUUUACUCCCGGCAUCUCCGAUACCUCGCUAUACGAGGAGGAUUCGUUCAAUAUGAAGACUGCGAACCGCCACAUUGCCGUGAUUGCACAGAUUGAAAGCGUGAAGGGUGUCAAGAACGCCCGUGAGAUCGCUGCUGUCGAAGGCGUAUCAGCCAUGCUGUUUGGACCUGGCGAUUUCUCAGCAGACGCCGGUAUCCCACUGAAGCUAGGCGGCGAGCCUCAUCCUACGCUGGCUACUGCUAUGGGGGAGUGGGCAGCUGCUGGACGCGAGAAUGGCAUACCUCUUGUUGGUGCUGCGAUGGGCCCUGGCAUGGUGCCGAGCUUGAUAGAGCAGGGGUUCCGAGCUAUUGUUGUAUCAAUGGAUGUUUGGGGUCUCGCCAACAUGAUCCACGGCCAGGUUGAACAGGGGAGAAAGGACGCUCAAGAGUUAGGCAAGCCGUCUGCGAAGGAGCAAAGCAACGGGGUUGACGGUGAGGGCAAAUAG